GGGGGGGAGACCCUGGGGGAUGAAGGGAGUUCCCCUUUGCAGAAGGGGAGGCUGAGACAUGUAAGGGCGGGUUUGAGGGGAAGCUGAGACCCGUUGUGGUUCUGGGAGAGGAGAUUGGCAGAGAGAUCCCUGCAGGGUAGGGACGGUCCCAUGGAUGGUAGGGAAAAGCCAAAGGGGAGGAGCUUUGUGAUGGGAUGCAUGGGGUUUCGUUGAUCCAUGGUAGGGUGGAGUGAGCUUCUGGAAUGGGAUAAGCCAGGUAGUUGCAAAAAGAAAAGGAGUACUUGUUGCACCUUAGAGACUAACCAAUUUAUUUGAGCAUAAGCUUUCGUGAGCUACAGCUCACUUCAUCAGAUGCAGACCUGUCCCACCAAAAAGGGCAGACUCUUGCCCGUUCUCCAUGUUACUAAAGUUUUUUGAAGAUGACACAUUUGCUCUGGAGGAAGUCAAUAGCACAUCUGUUUCCAUCACUGAGAGCCAGGCAGCGGAGAUGUGCCUCAGGUUCUUCUGCCAGUCGCCCGGUGCAAGAGGAGGUUAUGCAAGAUUCUGGUACCAGUCAACGGCGAAUGAACCCACUAAACAUCCAGAUGCUGUCCAAGGUUCUUCACGAGCAGAUUUUCCGGGGUGCUCAGGUGCAGUACUCAGAUGCUGACAUCAAGAGGAGUGUGGAACAUCUGCAGAAGCAUGACCUGUGGGGCAAAGAGACAGACACGCUCCCUGAUGUGGAGCUGCAGCUGCCCCGCAUGUAUGGGAGCGAUCUUGAUGAGCACUUCCGAAUUCUGGCGCAGAAGCAGAGCCUUCCUUACUUGGAAACUGCUAAUCAGCUGCUCCACUGUGAGGUGCCCCCCAUGCCCUCACAGUGGGCUUGGGAAGUUGGUUGGACACAGUAUGGACCCAAUGGUGAGAGGAAGGCUGUAGACUUCCCUGAAGAACGAGCCUUGGUAUUUGAUGUUGAAGUGUGCAUGGCAGAAGGCCGUUGCCCAACACUGGCAGUGGCUGUUUCUCCAAGUGCCUGGUACUCCUGGUGCAGUAAGCGGCUGCUAGAAGAACGCUAUACCUGGUCCAGCCAGCUGACUCUGGCUGACUUUAUCCCACUAGAAACUGCUCUGAACUCAAGCUGUCUCGCCAAACAGGACUGGACAGAGAGAUUGGUGGUGGGUCACAAUGUCGCCUUUGAUCGAGCACACAUUAAAGAGCAGUACUUGAUCCAAGGCUCCCGAAUGCGUUUCCUGGACACCAUGAGCAUGCACAUGGCCAUCUCAGGGCUGACGGGAUUUCAGCGCAGCCUCUGGAUGGCUGCUAAGCAUGGCAAGAGGAAGGGAUUGCAGCAGGUCAAACAGCACAUGAAGAAAACACGCAGCAAAACUGAAGGGCCUGCAAUUGGCUCAUGGGACUGGGUGAACAUCAGCAGUAUUAACAACCUUGCAGACGUGCAUGACCUGUACGUUGGGGGUGAGCCGCUGGAGAAAGAGGCCCGUGAACUGUUUGUCAAGGGGAGCAUGAGUGACAUCAGACAGAACUUCCAGGAACUGAUGAAGUACUGUGCCCUUGAUGUCCAAGCCACUCAUGAAGUGUUCCAGAAGCAGCUGCCACUCUUCAUGGAGAGAUGCCCACAUCCUGUGACCUUUGCAGGGAUGCUGGAAAUGGGCGUUUCUUACCUGCCUGUCAAUCAGAACUGGGAGAGGUACUUGGAUGAGACUCAGGACACCUAUGAGGAGCUGCAGAAAGAGAUGAAGAAAUCCCUGAUGAACCUGGCCAACGAUGCCUGUCAGCUGCUUUAUGAAGAGAGGUAUAAGGAUGACCCCUGGCUAUGGGACCUGGAAUGGGACCUACAGGAAUUUAAGCAGAAGAAGAAGAAAACAGUAAGGAAGAAAAAUGAAGAUGUAAACAGCGAGCCAGCCAAAGUGGUGGAAAAACCGUCUGCCCUAGAGUGGCAGGAAGAUCCUGGUCCCCCCAGUGAAGAGGAAGAGCUGAGAGUCCCUGAGAGCUGGGCCUUCCUGGAGCGUCUGAAGGAGACUAUCAGUUUGCUACCAAAGAGAACCCAGCACCUGCCAGGCCACCCGGGAUGGUACCGUAAACUCUGCCCACGCCUGAAUGAUCCAGAUUGGGUGCCAGGUCCCAGUCUCAUGAGCCUUCAGAUGAGAGUGACACCAAAGCUAAUGAGACUAACCUGGGAUGGUUUCCCACUGCAUUACUCUGAGAAGCAUGGCUGGGGCUACUUGGUGCCAGGGAGGAAGGACAAUUUGCCAAAGGAUCUCUCAGAGACAGAAGAGCCAUCCUGCCCACACAGAGUUAUUGAGCAUCUGUAUAAGGAGCAUUGUAAGGAGAGAGGGAAUGAGCAGCCUGGCUCACUGAACACCUGCCUUGAAGAGGAGCUCAUGUUAACAGACAACAGCACUAUCUGGCAACAGGUGGAGGAGCUGAGCCGGUUGGAGAUGGAUACUGAUCUGGAAGCUGAAUCAGACAGAACAGCUAAAGGGCCCAGACAGGGAGAGACUGCUUACCUGGAACUGGAGUGUGCGGAGAGCCAGCCUAUAUAUCACCAUGGCAAUGGCCCUUACAAUGAUAUCAACAUCCCUGGCUGCUGGUUCUUCAGGCUGCCUCAUAAGGAUGGGAAUGACAACAACGUUGGAAGCCCUUUUGCCAAGGAUUUUUUGCCCAGGAUGGAGGAUGGCACCCUACGGGCCGGCACUGGGGGCACUGACGGGACGAGGGCCCUUGAAAUUAACAAAAUGAUCUCGUUCUGGAGGAACGCUCACAAGCGAAUCAGCUCCCAGCUGGUUGUGUGGCUGAAGAAAGGGGAGCUGCCUCGAUCAGUAACUAGACAUCCGGACUAUGACGAGGAGAGUAAUUAUGGAGCCAUCCUGCCGCAGGUGAUAACAGCAGGGACCAUCACUCGUCGGGCUGUGGAACCCACCUGGCUGACUGCCAGCAAUGCCCGGGCUGACCGGGUAGGCAGCGAGCUUAAAGCCAUGGUCCAGGUCCCUCCGGGCUACUACCUUGUUGGAGCAGAUGUGGAUUCCCAGGAGCUCUGGAUAGCUGCUGUCCUCGGGGAGGCUCAUUUUGCUGGCAUGCAUGGCUGUACUGCAUUUGGCUGGAUGACUCUGCAGGGGAAGAAGAGCAACGCCACAGACCUGCACAGCAAGACGGCCUCUACAGUGGGGAUCAGCCGGGAGCAUGCCAAAGUCUUCAACUACGGGCGCAUCUAUGGGGCAGGCCAGCCCUUCGCAGAGCGCCUGCUUAUGCAGUUUAACCACCGGCUGACGCAGCAGCAGGCAGCUGAGAAGGCUCGGCAGAUGUAUGCAGUCACCAAGGGGAUCCGGCGGUAUCACCUUUCUGAGGAAGGGGAGUGGCUAGUGAGAGAGCUGGGCUUACCAGUGGAGAGGGCAGAGGACGGUUCUGUGUCUUGGCAGGACGUGCGAAGGAUACGGAGAGAAACCACGAAGAGGUCGCACAGGAAAAAGUGGGAUGUGGUAUGCCAGCGUGUGUGGGCUGGAGGGACUGAGUCAGAAAUGUUCAACAAGCUGGAAAGCAUUGCUAUGUCUGCCUCACCGAGAACCCCUGUGCUGGGCUGCUGCAUCAGCAGAGCCCUGGAGCCACCUGCGGUCAAGGGCGAGUUUGUAACCAGCAGAGUGAAUUGGGUGGUGCAGAGCUCAGCUGUAGAUUACUUGCACCUAAUGCUGGUGUCCAUGAAAUGGCUCUUUGAAGAAUUCAACAUUGAUGGGCGCUUUUGCAUCAGCAUUCAUGAUGAGGUGCGCUACCUGGUCCAGGGUGAAGAUCGCUACCGGGCAGCCCUAGCCCUGCAGAUCACCAACCUCCUAACACGGUGCAUGUUUGCCUACAAGCUAGGCCUACAGGAUCUGCCUCAGUCAGUGGCUUUUUUCAGUGCUGUGGAUAUUGACCUGUGUUUAAGGAAGGAGGUGACCAUGGAUUGUGUAACUCCAUCAAAUCCAAGUGGUCUGGAGAGGAGAUAUGGCAUCCCACUAGGUGAAGCUCUGGAUAUAUAUCAGCUUAUUGAAAUAACCAAAGGCUCACUGGAGAAAAGAAAAUAGAGCUGGAGACAACCAGACUAAGACUCUCAAACAGUUAACUUAUUGGCAGGGAGUGCCAAUGCUUGUGGUCCUUGCAAGGACGGGCUCCUGGUAGUGAACCAGCCCAGUUGACAAAUCCUUGUCUUGCUCUAAGAAGAAGGGACUUGGCUGAGGGAGAAGACUCCAUUGAAGCAGCACAUUCUAAUGGCAAAGGCAGCUCCCAGAACAGUGUCCAAACAGCCUACCCAAAGCUGAACUUUUAGCUGUAAAAUACAAGGUCUUGCACAGAUUGUGCAUCAGUGGGCCAGCAUAGCUCAGGCAGCCGAGGGAGAGUACUUGUUUACCAUUGCCAGAACAAUUUCUUUAUAGGUACAGUUGUCCAGGGAAUUGCUGACAGUCUGCAAUAGAAAAGCUGUGCUGGGUGAGUGUUACUCUGACAAGAAGGCAGGAGCUCUAUUUUUUUCGUCGUCUCUUCUUUUUGGGUUCCUGGCUCUCAGCUGGCUGUUCUGCUGCAACAGUCUGGGGAGGGGGAUAUCAAUAAAAGCAUGAGUUAUGCUACUGAAAAA